UUAAUUAUUUUGGCUGCUAGUAUUCAGUGGUUGCCUGGGCCAUUAAGAGUUCCCUGCAUCCCUGUCGUGCAGUUCUCAGAUACGGAAAGUGAAACAUGCAGUGUGGAUGCCACAAGUAUUUACAGGGGUACCGCCAUGCCAGGCCUUGGGGGCCCAGGUUUGGGGCCCCAUGCAGGAGACUGAGCUAAAGAGCCCCGGAACAUUGGCUCGCCCCACAGUGCAGUAAGCAUCCAUGUUGCCGUCGAAAGAACACUUCUCCUGUAAGCAUUCAGUUCAGAGCCUGAAAUUGCCUAAUGUGAUCACUGGUCCUAUGCCAUAGAUACUCAUCUGGGAGGCGCAGUUGGUUGCUGACUGAUCACAAACAUGACUUUGGCUCUGUGAUGCGUCUGCAGCUUCUAGCAAGCCUGCAAGCUCACUCUCCCAGUCUUCGGAGUUACACAACCCACAUCCGUCGUCAUGGCAAACCGAGGGCCUUCUUACGGACUCAGCCGGGAGGUUCAGCAGAAGAUCGACAAGCAGUAUGAUCCCGAACUGGAGCAAAUUCUGAUCCAGUGGAUCGGGGCCCAGUGUGGACCUGAUGUUGGGCAGCCCCAGCCCGGCAAGGAUAACUUCCAGAAGUGGUUAAAAGAUGGCACGGUGCUCUGCAAGCUUAUCAACAGCCUCUAUCCGAAGGGGCAAGAGCCUGUGGCCAAGAUCCAAGGUUCCACCAUGGCCUUCAAGCAGAUGGAGCAAAUUUCCCAGUUCCUGCGUGCAGCCGAGAACUACGGCAUUCUGGCCACAGACAUAUUCCAGACGGUGGAUCUCUGGGAAGGGAAGAACAUGGCUUGUGUACAGCGGACCCUGAUGAACCUGGGAGGGUUGGCGGUCUCUAAGGGGGACGGACUCUUCGCUGGAGACCCCAACUGGUUCCCAAAGAAGUCCCAGGAAAACCGCCGCAUCUUCUCAGACGACAAGCUUAAAGAGGGCCAGAACGUCAUCGGGCUGCAGAUGGGCACAAACCGGGGGGCGUCUCAGGCAGGCAUGACAGGAUAUGGGAUGCCACGCCAGAUCCUUUGAACCCGGCCUGCGACCCCUUCCCAUCCCUCCCUGUCCCCCAACACCUUAUCUAAGAGAAACUCUCCAAAUUGUACUGCCACCAGAAGCCUUAAGGGGGGGGGGAGGAGGGCAAAGCUACCCAUUCCUUCCCCUCUGCCCACAAUUUUUUUGGGGACAUUCUCUUUUUUUCCUGCCUUUUUUUUAAGCCAGGGUUUUUCUAGCACCAAACCUCUCCAUCUUGGAAUACAGAACUGGAGCCAACUCCCUCACUUCCCGCCACAGCUUGUCCCUCAGAAUGAUCUCUGAAUGGUGGGUUUUCUUCCACCCAGCCCCACUGAACAAACACACCUAACAAGGUUGGGACCAAGAAAUCGGGGUGCUCUUUACUGCUCCCCACCUUCCACAGCCUCACAAUGAUCCUUCUGAUGGCUGGACACCAGCCUUCCAGCCCCCACCUUGAGACAGGACCCCGGGGGGGCAUUCACACACCCGCGGUUCACAUUCCAGCAUCUGUCAUCCUAGGCCACCCAUUCCAUCCUGUUAAACAGCAGCUUCUCUGGACCAACCGCCCCCCACUUUUUGGGGGGACCCCAUCUUGAUGAUUUUCCAAAUCUGCUUGCUGAGAAAACUACACUUGGCUGUUGCUCGGAGCCCUUGAGCUCCGUAACUUUUUAAUGUUUAGUGAACCUCUUCCUGUGAUGUUUGGCUGGCACACGGAGGCACACAAAGCCCAUCUGACCAGGGUAGGCUGCUUCCUUCAACCUGGUGCCUUCAGAAGCUUUGAACUCACACUCCCAUCCGCCCCGGCUAAGGAGGCCAGUGAUCGGGUACGCUGGGUGUUCUAGGCCCAAGCGAUGAAGGGCACCCAGUUGGGAAAGGGUUAGGGUCACGGGAUCUCUCUGGAGAGGAAAUGGUGGCAUUCCUGGUGUCCGGUUCCUCCUCUUCUCUUCCACUUCACCUGGACAGCUAGCCAGGGGUUGCUUUUUUAUUUUUUGGCAAGGUGGUGCACUAUUAGUGAAAGGGGUGGGAGGCAGUACCCAGUUCUCCCAGCUCCAGAGUUGCUUUCCCAUUUUGUGCUUGGCUCGGCUCAGCUCCUGAGUGUUGGUCACCUGGGGCAGUAUUUUGGUUCUCCUCCCUGCCCAGGUGUGCUUUGCUGCCCGGGCAGCCCAGAGCCAUCUCUGCGAAGCGUCACCGCCUCUUUUCCAGCAAAGACACAGCCUGUUGGGCUGAACUCUUAACCGAUGUGGCAUUCUUACCUGUGGAAUGUUCUUUUGCCUGGAGGUUACUGAUAAGAAAUAAACAUUGCUCAAUUCUUUUGUUUAUAA